UGUUGAGCGUAUUCUUGACUUCAACCAACUACCCAUCCAUCCCCCAACCCCGUAGAGCAGUCCAAGCUUUUAUCUCACACACGUUUAGCGUACAGCCUUGGUGUUCCCUGACAUCAUUAUGGAAUGAAGCUUUUAUGCUACCACCUUAAUUCCUGGGCCUCCUCCAAAACCCCCAUCAUUGCUGCAAUAACAUCAUACAACCCAACUUUGAAGACAUCUUUCCUUGAUUUGUGGUGCUGUUGAGGGGAGAGUUGCCUUUUCUUGGUUGAUUUUGGGUGCAAUUAGAGGUGAGUGGGUUCUGGGUGUGGCUUAAUUGGCUUAAAGGUUGAAUCUUUGGGUGAGAUUUGUGUGGUUCAGUUGUUGGUUUUGAAGGGCAGCAUGGAGGGGGAGAAUGGGGGUGUGGAUUCCAGGUUGAAGAUGGAAGAGUAUGAAGUGGUAGAGCAGAUUGGCAAAGGGGUUUAUGGAACAACAUUUCUUCUUUUUCAUAGAGCUGAGAAAAGGAAGUAUGUUCUAAAGAAGAUUCCUUUGGCAAAACAGAAUGAGAUGACCAAGCGUGCAGCAUAUCAGGAGAUGAAUUUGAAUGCAAAACUUAAGCACCCGUACAUUUUAGAGUACAAAGAUGCUUGGGUGGAAAAGGGAAGCAAUAUAUGCAUCAUUACCGACUACUGUCAAGGCGGAGAUAUGGCAGAGAUAAUAAAGAAAUCCAAACGAGCAUUGUUCCCCGAAGAGAAACUGUGCAAAUGGCUGACUCAACUAUUAUUAGCCGUUGAUUAUCUGCACUCCAAUAGAGUCCUUCACAGAGAUCUGAAGAUGUCCAACAUUUUCAUCACAAAGGAAAAUGAUGUCCGUCUUGGUGAUUUUGGAUUUGCAAAACUUCUGGACGCAAAAGGGGUCACUUCCUCGGCCGUUGGUACUCCGAACUACAUAUGCCCCGAGCUCCUUUCGGAAAUGCCAUAUGGCUAUAAAUCUGAUAUAUGGUCACUCGGUUGCUGCAUGUUUGAGAUUGCGGGACAUCAACCACCGUUUAGAGCUCCCGACAUGUCUACCCUCAUCAAUAAGAUAAACCGGGGUACUUUAUCGCCACUUCCUAUUGUAUAUUCCUCCACCUUGAAACAGAUUAUAAAAACCAUGCUAAGGAAGAGUCCCGAAAACAGACCAACAGCAGCGGAAUUGUUGAGGCAUCAGCAUUUGCAACCUUACCUUCUUCGGUGCCAGAACCUCUCCUCCGUGUUUCUCCCCGUGAAGUCUCCAAACACUCCAAAGGAGAAAUCGGGAAAGCCUUCUCCUAGCAGCUCUAGCAGUGGCAAAGACAGCAAACGGAGACAGCUAAAGUUAAAAGAUAGUAUACCCGUUUUUUCGCUCGAUCAAAGUCCAGACGUUCAACCAAGCAGCUUACGAAAGAGCAGUGACCCUAUAGAAACGACACUCGAGACUAAGAGAGUUGAUCGAACAAGCUGUUCUCCAAAGUUCUCCGAAUACAGCGAUGAAUCCUUCAUUGGGGACUCAAUUGAGAUAACUAGUAACGAAAAUGGCCACAUUGACUUAUUCUCGGUGAAGGAAAGGUUAAGCAAGCCACAGUCCUCUGCUUCAGUCGUGCCAAACUCGAACCCCGAAGAGCAGAAAGAAACUUCUCGUGAGUAUGUGCAACAAUUUGUUGAGGAAGUCGGAGAAAGUGGGAAAACGGAAAAAUUGGAGAUGUUGGGCAGUCCAAAUGGUGCUGGGAAAGCAGAAAAAGAAUCUGCGGGUUGUCUCUCUGAUAAAGCUAGGUCUUUCAAUGAAGAUAGCACGUCAUCAACUACCCAACCCUUAAGAUCAGAAGCUGGUAAAGAGCCAAUAUACAAUUCAGGCAAACCAGAAAAUAUCGACAAAUGUAGAGAAGUUGCACUUGACUGCGUUUCAGUGAAAAGCAGCGCCAGUGUCACAACACAACUGGAAGUUGAUUUGUUAAAGUGCUCGAAUAAGACUGAGAAAGACGGGAAUCAAGUGACUGCUGAUCAGGCUUUGUUGCUAAGUAAAUUAACUGCAUUGAGCAAGGGCAAAGACGAGUGGGGAAACCCCACGAAACAAAGAGCCGAUGCUUUAGAGUCUCUUCUUGAGCUCUGCGCUCAGCUAAUUAAACAGGAAAAGCUCGAUGAGCUCUCUGGUGUGCUUAGACCAUUUGGAGAAGAAGCAGUCUCGUCCAGGGAAACUGCAAUCUGGUUGACAAAAACCCUCAUGAGCUCACAAAAGUUGCCAAAAGGGUCAUAAUUGAAUUGUGUUUUACCCCAAUGCAGGACUUUUGUAAAAAUUAGAGCUUUUCUUGUUGUUUACAUGGUUUGACAUAUAAUUUGUUUCUGGAGAGUUUUAUUUGAGCACUCUGAAGGAUUGGAUUCAUGGGACAGCUAGGAUCUUUAUUAUUUUUUUUUCUCUCUUUAAAAAAAAAUGUUUUUGUUGUUGAGAUUGGAAGGAUUAUGUGCCAUGUAAAUCAGGAUGAACUAAGUGACUGUAAGAGGGUUGAUGAUAUUGACUAUUGAGCUUUGUUUGGUUUGCAUCA